CUGUUUCACCAACAGGAAGACAGAGGUGCUGAAGAACUUCUUUGGGAAAAAAUAUAAAGAGACCUCUUUGGAUGGGUUUCUCAAGAGAGUCAUGAGAAAAUCCUUCCAGAGUAAAAAUGGCCACCUGGGCCUGUUUGUUCGCUUCCUUCAUGGCCUCUGUCUGGAGUCCAACCAGAGACUCUUAGUAGGUCUGCUGGGUCAGACAAAGACCAUCCAGAGAGUCAUCAACAACCUGAAGAAGAUGAGCGGUGAUGAAAUCUCUCCUGACAGAAGCAUCAACAUCUUCCACUGUCUGAUGGAGAUGAACCACCUCUCAUUAUUUCAGGAGAUCCAAGAGUUCCUGAAGUCAGAGAAGGAACUCUCUGAGAUCCAGUGCUCAGCUCUGGCCUUCAUGCUGCAGAUGUCAGAGGAGGUUCUGGAUGAGUUGGACCUGCUGAAGUACAACACAUCAGAGCGGGGACGACUGAGACUGAUUCCAGCUGUGAGGAACUGCAGAAAGGCUGGACUGACUUGGUGUGAACUCUCAGAGUCUCACUGUGAAGUUGUGGCCUCAGCUCUGAAGUCCAACCCCUCCCACCUGACAGAGCUGGACAUGAGUUGGAACAACCUGCAGGAUUCAGCAGUGAAGCUUCUGUGUGCUGGACUGGAGAGUCCAAACUGUCGACUGGAGACUCUGAGAAGUGACAGACUUGAGCAGGGUUCAUUUAAAGGCUGACAGAAGUGGAGUGGUGACGGGGAGAUGUUUGUCAGGACAGUGUUUCAGCCUCCACAGGUUCAUGUUGUGCUCCAUCAGUCAGUGAAGAUGAAGUCAGUGCUGAUGAGGCUGUAGAGUGUGUGAGGGAUGUGAAUGAGGAUGAUGAAGAUCUGAUGAUAGCAGAUAAAAACAGGCUGCAGAGACUUUGAGCCAUACAGGGCACACAGUGUGUGUACAGAACAGCUGAAAUCAUUCUGGAGGCCUCACUGGAAUAUGGAAGCAUCACAGUACAGCUUCACUAAAGUCUCUGAUAUGAGAUGAGAAAUGAAGCAGCCAGAGCUUUUUCAUGAGUGGAAAUCCACUGUGACUGUGAGCUGCUGCUACAGCCUCCAGAUUAGCCAGCAGCUCAUCCUGCUCAACAUUUUCUCACCAACUUUAAUGG